CGAUAUAAAAAUAGGUCUAGUUUCAUCUAUUUUCAUAAUAUGUACACUUUAACGUGACUCACACUGUAUAUUCAUUUCAGAACCAAAUAAUUCGUUAUGGGCCUCUGACGACUGUAGUGUUUGGUCAACUUAUUCAAAUAUCAGUUAUGUUUGAGAUGUUAGGUGCUGAGACGGAGAAGCUAAAGGAUUCAGCUUACUUCGUGCCAUGGGAGUGCAUGAACAUCAGCAACCGGCGCACCGCUCAUAUCAUGCUGCACAAGAUGCAGGACAAAAUCAGCAUCAAAGCGUUGGGUCUGGCUGCGGUCGGAGUUAAUACUAUGAUGGGGAUUUUGAAGACCACGUUUUCGUACUAUGCAUUCCUACAAACAAUGAAUGAUUAAUUUUUUUGAGUUAUCCAGUAAAUAUUAUAAAAAAUAUAUUACAGUAAAUUAUUCAACACGCUAUAGGCACUACGCACCAUGUUAUAUUUAUAAGUUCACUCACUACUUAUUGCAUGUUAUGUUUAAUCACCAAGUGUAAUUAAAUUGUCUAAUUGUAAUUAAAAAUGAAAGUAUCAAACGUAGAAAACUCAAAAGACUUGCACAAUGAACUAACUGUAUUUACCUUAUAC